UUUUCUCGUAUUUCUUCUUCAAGCUCUCAUUUUCCGGGAAAACCAACAACAAAAAAAGGAAUUCGCUAAAAUCAUGCAAACAACUCAAAUCCAAAAUCCCAUUCCUCUCUAUGACAUAAUCAUCUUAGGGGCCUCAGGAUUUACUGGCAAAUAUGUAGUGAAAGAGGCUUUAAAGUUUCUAAAUAUCCCAUCUUCUCCUCUUAAAACAUUGGCACUUGCUGGUCGUAGCCAUGAAAAGCUUACCAAAACUCUUCAAUGGGCAGCUCCUCCUCCUUCUCCUGAUGUUAGUAUUAUCAUUGCUGAUACUACUGACCCAGCUUCGCUUUUGAGUCUUUGUAAUCAAACCAAGCUCUUGCUUAACUGUGUUGGACCUUAUAGGAUCCAUGGUGAGCCUGUUGUUGCUGCUUGCGCCUCUUCUGGGUGUGAUUAUUUGGAUAUAACUGGGGAGUCGGAGUUUAUGGAGAAAAUGGGGGCCAAAUACCAUGAAAAGGCUGGGGAGACAGGUUCCUUGAUUGUUUCAGCGUGUGGAUUUGAUUCAAUUCCUGCUGAAAUGGGGGUUUUGUUCAAUACGAGGCAGUGGGUGUCUCCUGCUGUGCCCAACCAUCUUACUGCAUAUGUAAGUUUGGAGUCUGAUAAAAGAAUUGUUGGCAACUUUGCGACAUAUGAAUCUGCAGUUUUGGCUGUGGCAAACAUGGAUGAGUUGCAGGAGUUGAGGCGUUCCCGACCCAGGAAACCUACACUGGCAAUUCCUGGUCCACCUCCCCCGGAAGGACCAAGUAUAGAAUAUCAGGAGCAAAUCGGUCUAAGGGCUGUAAGGCUGCCCUCGGCUGAUGCUAUUGUUGUUCAAAGAACUCUUGUUACUCUGAUGGACAACCCCCGUGGUCUCCCUGGGAUUAAGGAGAGUCCUGAACAUACCGAAAAGAGAGAGGCCUACUGGUCAUCCGUCAAGCCAGCUCAUUUCGGAGUGAAAAUAGCGUCUAAAUCCCUUUUAGGCAUCUACCGAAUCAUCGGAGUUGGGAUUUUCAUCGGACUCUUAAGUAGAAUUUCAUUUGGGAGGUGGCUUCUCUUGAAAUUUCCCUCAUUUUUCAGCUUCGGCUGGUUCCGAAAGACUGGUCCCUCGGAGGAAGAGCUGAGGAGUGCAUCAUUUAAGAUGUGGUUUGUUGGAUAUGGUUUCAGUGACAGCAGCCUGGCUUCGGAAACAAACUCGAAACCCGACAUGCAAAUCAUAACGAGAGUAACAGGACCUGAGAUUGGCUAUGUGACAACUCCAAUAAGUCUAAUUCAAUGUGCUCUCAUAGUUUUGAGCCAACGCAAGAACCUACCAAAGGGCGGAGUUUAUACUCCUGGCAUCAUUUUUGGUCCGGAUCUCCAAGAGCGGCUGCAAGAGAACAGAGUUUCGUUCGAUCUUGUUUCAAAGACCACUCUCCGUGGCCCUACUGCUGCUUAAAACUGUGGUAAGUUUUUUGCAUAAUAAUAAUGUACUGUUGUUUUUCCUGUUCGGAACGUUAACUUGGUUUUGGAUCAGUUUCUUCUGGAUGAAUAAAUUGCAUAUAACAAUGUAGACAUGUUUUUUUUUGUUUGUUACAACGCUAAACAUUUAGCAACACUGAAAGUUGUUUACUUUCUUUUGAGUUCUGAUAAAAUUAUCUGUUUUCUGU